CAAAAACGGAGCUCUCUUUUCUUAAUCUCCAAUUGAACAAUUUGAACAAGAUCUCCUACAAAAAUUCUAGAAACUGCAAAUUUUUAGAUAGCUAAACAUGUUCAACUGAGAAAGCAGUGGAGAUGGAAUUGAACUUAGUUUAAAAAAGAAGGGCUUUGGCGUAAUUUACAUCUAACUUUCAAACCUUUUAUUUUACAUAUUUUUCGCGAAAUCUCUUGUUCGCCGCUUCAGUUGGCCGCCGCCGCAAGCCCGGAGUCGCCGCAAUCGGAGCAAAAAUGCUGGAGGCGAAGAGCUUGAAGAAGGCCAUUGUUCCGUCCAGCUUGUUCGAACACCCCUCUCCUGGAAGCCUCCAGCCCACUCGUCUCGCACUCCAUGUCAACGGUAGCGACGAUGAAACUUGCUGGGUUUAUAUUGCUUCUGGUUCUUGCGUUUACAGACUCCUUAUUUCAACAAAGAAUUCAUCAGUCAGUCAAGGAAAGCAGGGGCUCCUAAUUCCUGAGCAAACUAAGGUUCUGGAAUCUGCUGUUGUCAAUAGAUGUCCCCAUCGCAUGGAAAUACAAACAUUAGUGCUUGCAGAAAUUGAUAACAAUGGUUUCUCGGCUUUAGGAAGUGUAGACUCAUACGGACAUGUUUUAGUUUCCAAACUUAAAACACGUGGUGAAGAUGUAGAUAGUGUGACCUUUUCAAUCUCUCCUCGGGAUUGUGGUGUUGGAGAAGGUAGUUGGGCUGGUCUAUGCUUCAAUCCAACCCAGUGGUCCAUGGCAGCUGUUGCACACAGUUUUGGGAAGAGCAUUGAUGUGUAUGACCAUGAUAUUCAUCUUCGCACUUUACGCACAUUGUGGUACCCAACUUCACUGACUUUUAUGCAAAAUCUGAGUGGUCAAGGCGAAUGCUCCACGCUAGCCCUCACAGAAGGGUGCCAGCUUAGCAUAUGGGACUUACGAAUGAGAGAAAACGGAGGGUGUGUGCAUAGAAUUUUUGGGUCAGUGGGAGAUAUUUUAUAUUCAGUCUGUGAGUCUUCGAAUGGAAGUAUUGCAGUUGGUGGAGCUGAUCGCACUGUUUCUGUCUACGACCCUCGCAGAUGGUCGACAGUGUCAAGAUGGAUGAACUGCUCAAAAUAUGAGAUCACAAGACUUGCUUUCUCUUCAUUUGAUUCAGAUUACAUUUAUGUGCAAGGAGUUGAUUAUGAGGUUGUGUGUGGACAUUGGAGCGAUGGAAAGAAAGGUUUUUCAUUUAGAGGCGAUUCAAACUGGCUUGGAUUCAACAAGUGCUGUGACAGGGACCUCGUCGGAGGAUGGUGUGAUUCUGGGAGCUUGUUUCUGGCUGAUGUUAUCUUAAGCAGCAAGGAAGAAGAUCGAGAAGAAUAAGAAGACAUUGUAAUGGAUGCUUUUGAAGAACCAUUGAGGCGAGGGAUGGGGAUCCUUUGCCGUGCCGCAGAGAACCUUGCUGCAAGGGAGCCGUCGGAUGUGGAAGGUCACGCCUCGAGAUUCGGACUUCGAAAUCUUUGACCGUCAAAAUAUUGAUCGGGCGGUGCUGAGAAGCCGGGCAGAGUGCCUUACUUCGAAGUAAGGCGGACACCCCGGAUCCGUAUAAAAGGAUGUUAAUUGUUAAAUGUCAACACAUUAUUAUGCACACAAUUAAAAUCACACUUUGAACUUCAGUGAUGCAUUCGUUUUAAAACAAAAUGAAUAUAUAAUCAUCAAGUAAAAGUUGAACCAUGAUGCAA